AUGGCUCCUAUCAUAUCAACAGAAGGAGAAAGUAUCAUUGGGAAAUUCUCCAAUUUGUUACUUCUUGCUGGAAUUAUAACUACCUGUUACAUCACAUACAAAGUGAUAUAUAAUCUUUAUUUUCAUCCACUUGCAAAAUUUCCUGGCCCAAGGCUAGCUGCAAUAACAGAUGGCUGGCUUACUUCUGGAAAUUACCACAAGACUAUGAUCAGCUUGCAUCAAAAAUAUGGUCCAGUUGUCAGAUUUGCACCAAAUGAUUUAGACUUCGCAUCUCCUCAAGCAAAUCAAGAAAUUCAUGGUCACGUUAAGCAAGGGAAAGCCCUGUUUCUCAAAGGGCAAGCUUACAAUACUGGUUCGGAAACCAAUGUUGGCAUUGUUUCAGCAAGAGAUCCGGCUGUUCAUCGAGACAUCCGAAAAUCUCUUUCUCAUGCAUUCAGUGCUAAAGCGCUUCGGCUACAAGAGGAAGUGGUGAUCCAGUAUAUGGACUUGUUCGUUUCUCAAAUACAUCAGCGUAAGGACGAUGAGAAGGGGCUGAACUUGUCAGAAUGGUAUAAUUGGUUAACUUUUGAUAUCAUUGGUGAUCUCGCCUUCGGGGAAUCAUUCGAUGCAGUCAAAUCUGGAGAAGGCCAUCCGUGGAUCAGUCUCAUUCUCAGCACCGUCCAUCUGAUGGCUAUCAUGGAAAUCUUUCGACGCUUCCCAUUUUUCAUGAACUCAUUUUUCAAAAAGAUUGCAACAAUUCUCAUGCCUAAAGGCUUGAAAGAAAAGAGCAAGGUACAUUUCCAAAAUUCAAUGCAAAAAGCAACUCAACGUAUGGAACGAGGAAACAAUGACCGAGACGAUUUCUUUUCGCAUCUACUACGCGAAAAAGAAAAUGGACCAAAGAUUACACGCGAAUUCAUUCUAGCGCAAUCUAAUACGUUCAUUGUAGCCGGCUCGGAGACCACCGCUACUUUUCUUAUAGGAGUGACAUACUAUCUUCUUAACAGGCCCGAAACACUACGACGUCUUCAAGAAGAGAUCCGCAAUGCAUUCACAUCUUCGGAAGAUAUCACAAGCGAUUCCACAGCAGCCCUUCCAUAUCUUGCUGCUGUAAUUGAAGAAGGUCUUCGCAUCUACCCGCCCGUACCAAUGGGUCUCCCACGCGAGUGUCCGGGCGCCGUGAUCGAUGGCCACUAUGUUCCAAAAGGCGCAGUUGUCUGUGUCUCUGGCUACGUUGCUACCCAUAACGAAGAAUAUUUCGCCGACGCCAACGAAUUUCACCCUGAGAGAUAUCUACCUUCUUCCCACCCAUUUUAUGAUCUUCGAUAUCAAAAUGAUAACAAAGAUGCAAGUAAACCCUUUUCUAUGGGCUCCAGAGCAUGUUUGGGGGUGAAUCUGGCGUAUAUGGAAAUGCGGGUUGUUUUGGCGAGAUUAGCGUGGGAAUUUGAUUGGGAAUUGAAGAGUAAGGAGUUAAACUGGGAAAGGGAUUCGAAAUUGGUAGUGCUUUGGAAAAAACCAGAGCUCAGGGUUCGGUUUACCCCGGUAAAGAGAUGA